AUGGUGGCGGCGCUCACCCACGUCAUCAGCUCCACUCGACCGGGACCGGCGGCCGCCGCCGGUGCAACCGCGCCCGGGCAGCAAGCUGUGACCCGCCAACACAGCGCUCCUCUGGCCGUGGCGGCGACGUCGUCGUCAUCAACGGCGUCGGAGCAGCAGCAGCAGCGUCCGCGGUACCGUGGCGUACGGCAGCGGCCGUGGGGCAAGUGGGCGGCGGAGAUCCGCGACCCCGUGAAGGCGGCGCGCGUAUGGCUGGGCACCUUCGACACGGCCGAGGACGCCGCACGCGCCUACGACGCCGCCGCGCUCCGCUUCAAGGGCGCCAAGGCCAAGCUCAACUUCCCUGGCGCCGGCGGUGCGCCUGCGCCACCCCGCCAUGCCGUCGGCCAGCUCCUGGCGCCCGGAGGCGGGGCAUCGCCGUCGAUGCGGCAGCAGCAGCGACCCGUGGUGGUGGCCUUCCGUCCGCAGAUUAACUCCCUGGCAGCCGUUGCUCGGGAGGAGUUCCCGGACCUCCACCGGUAUGCGCACAUACUGCAGAGCGGUGACGUGGACCUGCGGGCUGUUGCAGCCGGCGGGAACACACCGGGGCAGUCGUCUUCGUCGACGCCGGCGCACGACUCGAGGUCGCCGCCCCGGCCGGAUGAUCGCGGAUAUGGCGAGAGAAGUGCAGGCCCUGGCUGCUAA